AGAUGUAUGUUUUCUAUCAAAUAAUACAAUGUCAUUAUAUCAUUUUUUUUUAACAUAUUGUUAUGCAUUUAUGAGUGAAGGAACUUAGUGCAACCAAUAAGGAAAGCAGGGGAGAGCAAACAAGUGCACAUACGGGAGGAUCUAAAACUUAUGCACAACAUGCAUAUGAUAUGGAGCAAAAAGAUAAGAUUGCACUAGAUCGAGCAAAAUUAUAUAUACCGCUUCACAAAAGGAAAGAUGGGACACCAGUCAAUGAAGCAGCAGCUACAAAAAUUGAAAAACUAGAAGCUUUGAUGAGCUCACAACCAAGCAGCUCCGAAGGAAAUGUUGGUGGACGUAUAUCUUGGUCACCAAAUGAUAUUUAUUCUCAAGUGAUGGGUAAAGAGCAUCAUGGUCGUGUUCGAGGUUUAGGAUUUGGGCCUACUCCUUCCAAGCAUGGCUUCAUGUGUAAUAGUUUUGACCACAUAAGAAUGGUUUCUGAUGAAGACAGAAUAAGAGACAAAGACACUAUAAUUGAGUUGAAGGAACAACUAAAAACUCAAGGUGAUCAGUUACAAACUCAAGGUAUUCAGUUGCAAGCUCAAGAUGCUGUAAUAAACUCUUUAAAAGAGCAAGUAGCAUUUUUGAUGAGUCAGAGACAUAGUUCUAGUGGUUUGCAGGCGACAGAUGGAUGUAGUGGCAUUCCGGACCAAGCUUCUCCACGAACACAUCAAAGAUCCUCUUUUCGGUGUCAUGAAAUGCAACCUUCUAAUCGAGGAAAUAAGAUAAUAUGAAGUAUCAAACAAUGGACGUCAUUUCUCGAUUUGAACAUUUUUCAUGGAGAUCUUUAUAAAAUGGUGUCACGAGUAAUACUUUUGAGUACUAUUGUUAUGUGACAAGUUUUUCUUUUGGAUUAUGGUGUGGGCUAUUAGUUUGCUAGAAACAUUGGAUCUUUUUGUAUUACAGGCUUAUGUAAUGAACCUUUUAAUUAAGGUGUUUUGGAUAUUUUGGGAUUAUGAAAAUGCAGACUCUUUCACCUUUUACAAUUA